AUGGCCAAGGAAAUCGAAGAGAAGAAGCUGAAGAAGGAGAAGAAGGACAAGAAGGAAAAGAAAGAGAAGCGCGCGGAGACCGACGGUGUUUCCAAGCCCAAGAAGGAGAAGAAGGAGAAGAAGAGCAAGGAUGUCACAGAUGCUCUCGAGACUGCGAUUGAGGAGCCCGAGGUCUCCAUGAUGGAGGUUGACAGCGGUGCUGGCGCAGAGGGCGACGAGCCCGCCGGCGCACUCGUUCCCUUUGCUUUCCCUCUCGCAGACAACGACAAGGAAGUCAAGAAGAUUCUGAAGACAGUCAAGAAGUCCGCAAAGACCAAGACCCUCCGUCGUGGUGUCAAGGAAGUCGUCAAGGCUCUCCGCAAGUCACAAGCUUCUGGAAACAGUGCAGACGUCAACGACCCGUCCGCUAUCGUCGUCAUCGCUGCCGACAUCUCGCCCAUGGACGUCAUCUCGCACAUCCCCGUCCUUUGCGAAGACCACGGCAUCCCUUACAUCUACAUCAAGUCGCGCGCACAGCUUGGUGAGGCGAGUGCAACCAAGAGGCCUACCUCGGUCGUCAUGGUCGCAAAGGCUGGGUCAGGCAAGAAGGCCAAGGAUGUAAAGGACGACGAUGCGAAGGAGUUUGAGGAGGCAUACGGUGAUCUGCAGAAGUUGGUCUCCAAGGCGGCGAAAACAGUGCGCAAGUAA